UGUUUCUGUCAUCACCGCACUGCCUGCGUGAAAACUCGGUAGCGAUUUGGAACCUUGGUGUAUAGAAUUAAUUUUCGGUUUUUUCUUGCACAAAUUGUGUGGUUUCUGGUUUGAAUUGGUUCUGCUGGACACUGGCCGUUUUAUGGAUUACGAUUAAGUAGAUCCGAGUUCGAAUGGAAAAAGUUCCACAUCAAAACUCUUCCACUGCCAGAAGUAUCGUUCAUCGGUGUGUGCGAGUGAUCCGUGUGUAAGUAGAUUCACUGGCAAAGAUUGGAAUAUUUCCAUCGGAGCUGUUUUCGAGUCGUGAUACUACUGGUGCAAUAGCAAUGGCUAAUUCUGGCAACGAACCGAAUGAGACUUUCUGGGACCAAGAUCAUGGCAAUCAGCAGCAACAACAAUUUGCUACAGCAGAUUGCUCAGUUCCCGCACCAUCCAGCAGCUAUUAUCAUCCUACUGCCGAUUCUGGUUUGAAUUACAAUCAUCUCCCAGCCGGGGACAACUUUACCGUUCUUGCCGAUGGAUUUGGUAAUUUUAUCAAGGUGUACCAUCAACCCAGUGAAGAUGUUAACCUAAAUAAUCCCACUGGAAAGUAUGAAUAUGAGCUGUUUUCAAGCAAUAACAAUUUUAUGCGACCGGCACCUGGUUUGGGAUAUUUUUUCCAUCAGCAGCAACCACAACAACAGCAAGGGCCUGCACCGGUAACUACUACAAGUUCUGCUGUAGGUCAGCCUGAAAAUGCAGUUAGCAACACUAGUAUGCUCAUAAAUCAACUGGUGGGAAAUUGGGCUCCAACCAUUUCUGGAACGUAUUCGCCAUUUGGAGGUGGCGGUCCAUCGCUUCUUGCCGAAGGUUUGCCAAGAUCCUCUCCGGAAACGUUUGUUCAAGCUCAACAACCUCCGUUUCCUCCGCAACAUCAACCGCAGACUUCUUCAAUACCACAACAAGUACAACCAUCUCCGGUACAUCAACCGGCUCAGAUGCAUCAGCAACUGUCUCCGAAAGCGUUAAAUGAUAUAGUGAAUCCCACACAACAGCAGCCAGUUUCGGCUGUUGCAGCCGCUGCUACCACUACUAUCAAUUAUAACCAACUGAAUGAUGAUAAUAGUGCCAAGUUGAAUCAAAAUGUUAACAAGAAACAGCGUAUCGUUGCCGAGGUUAAACCAAUGCGGAUGUCUUAUUCUGAUGUGUUGAGUAAGAACGUGGUUCCGUCAACAACGCCAAUGGUAUCAACAUCCGCAAAUGGUACCACUGGCAGUGGUACGAAUGCGAAGCAGGUGGCAUCUUUUCCGGGAAAUAAUGGUCAUUCUUCGGCCGGUGGCAAAUCGAACAAAGCGGAAAAAAGUGUAGGUAAGAAACCGCAGUCUUUUACUAAUUCGGAGGAAAAAUUCAACCGCAAGAUGGAUCGAAACAAUGCGACGGGGCAGAAAAAGGUUGGCGUACAAUCUGGCGGAUCAGUAGGUCUUCAACAAUCAACGGAGACGCCUGGCUGUUCGAAAUCAACACUGGUAACUAAUGGUUCCGAUAAGCUGGGUAGAAAGAUAGAUAAGCCAAACAACAAGAAUCUGAAGGGAGGAAACAUCUCUGCUGGAAAGAAGAAUCGCUUACGCAAUUUCAACGAUUCGUACACAAUUCAGGACGUGCAAAGUGUCCCGAAUAAGGAAACGCAUACGUCGGGGGAAGCCGAAGAACUAGAUGAAGACAACGAAGAUCAGGAGGAGGAGGAUGAUGAUGAUUCUGAGGAGUACGACGAAGAGUCACACCAGCAGCAGCAACAACAAUCUUUCAUGUACAAUGUCAAGAAAAAUAACAACCCAAACGAUACUCACAUUGAAAAGAUUGCCGGCUCUCGUGGUGCGCAUAAACGAAGUGGGCGAACUUCGGGGACAGGUCGUAUGAAACCGGAGAAGUCUCAUCAACAAUCACCAAAUGGCAAACGUGGACAGCGACCUAGAAAAAAUCAGAAAUCUGUUAUUAUUCAGAAGAUUGUCAACGCUUGGCUCGAGUACUCGGUGAUUGUUCUGCUGUGGUUGUGGUCUUUAGUGAGCGAUGUGGUUUAUCUUAGUCUGAGACUCGUUUGGGACUAUCUGGUAGCAGGAUAUCAAUACUGCGAACAGCACGUCACUAGUUUAAAACAGGAAUUGCAGCAGAAUCGACCAGGGUCUUGGCUGAAAAGUGUAUGGAAAUCGUUUGAUAAUCGCUUCGCGAAGGAUUCAGGCUGGGCCUUUUGGCGCGGGAAACCGAAAUCGGCUCCGACCGAAGAUCAAACGACUCCUGGUGGGAAAAAUUACUACAAAGACGGACGGUUGCCAUCGACGGCGGACGAGGCCAUGUCUUCGCUAUUGAAUUGUAAGGGUAAGGAUGCGUACAGCAUUCUCGGUGUAAGUCCCGAGUGUUCACAGGAACAGAUUCGAAAGCACUACAAAAAAAUUGCCGUCUUGGUUCAUCCGGACAAAAAUAAGCAGCCGGGUGCGGAGGAGGCUUUCAAGGUGCUGCAGAGAUCGUUCGAGUUGAUUGGUGAACCGGAAAACCGUAAAGGGUACGAUCAAAGUCUUGCCGAAGCGUUGAACGCGGAAAAGGCCUGGUCGGAGAUAAAUGAUCUGUUGACUCAACUACACACGAAAAUCUCAGAAGCUGCUAAUACUAUCAGAUGUAGCAGUUGUUGCCUCAGACACCCACGCAAACCAACAGGACGCGCUCAUUACGCUGCCAGGGAGUGUAAUUCGUGCAAAAUUCGACAUUCCGCCAGAGAGGGCGACAUCUGGGCCGAAACAAGUUUUUUCGGUAUGCGCUGGAAGUACUUGGCCAUGAUGGAGGGUAACGUGUACGACAUUACCGAGUGGGCCAACUGCCAGAAGGGAGCAUUGUCCCAUUUGCAACCUAACUCGCACAUCGUUCAGUACCGGAUAGUGCUCGGAGGAAACUCGCAGCAACAGCAGCAGCAACAACAACAGCAUGGUCAGCAACAAUCCGGUGCGCAAGGACAGCCGAGUGAGAAGGAUGCCGCUGGUCGUUCACGAAAGGAUGCUCCUUCAAGCGAACCGAACCUGGACGAUUUUCUGAACAAUAUUUACGGAGGUCAGAACCAACAGGGACAACAGCAGGCGCAAAGCAGCUCCCGUCGAAGGCACCGUAGGAAUUAGGCUGCGAACCACACGUUUUCCUAUUGAGUAGUAGUUUGUAGAAGACUAAUAGUAGAGAUUAUUACUAUGUAUUUUUAGCUAAAGUUUUUGUCGCUAACCGCGAUCUACUCUGAGGUCCGCUUUAACUUUAACCUUCAAACGAAAGCAAGUCGGUACAAAAUUUAGCGAAUUGAGCAAUAUUGUACGGUUGAAUCAUUGUGAAUGAAGUUGACGUUGAAGCGAGCCCGAUAGGGUAAGAAACACAAACACAUUAGUAACUCCUAUCGUAGCUGUAGUAGUGGACCUUGAGACAUAGAUCAGCAAAUCUCGAUAAGUAAUUGCUGAAUACAGCUGAAGCUAUAUAAUAAAUGCUAAAUAUAGCGAUAAAUGAA